AUGGAGCCAUGUUCCAAAGUCCUUGUUGAUUCUGCAAAAGAUAUAAAUCAGGAUAGCUCCCUUUCUCUGGUUUUUUCCGACCCUUAUGCUUUUGAUUGCUGCGUUUGUUUUGAAACCUUGACUGUUCCAGUAUAUCAGUGUGAUAACGGCCAUAUUGUUUGCUCUUCAUGCUGUUGUAAGCUUUGGAAUGAGUGUCACAUCUGCCCAGAUCGUAUUAGCUUCUACCCUUGUAUAGCCAUUGACAAUCUGUUGCGGUCUCUCGAAAUAUCAUGCAAGAAUGAAAAACAUGGCUGUAGAGAGAAAAUAAGUCACGGGGGAAACAAAGAGCAUGAGGAAGAAUGCAUCUACGCGCCAUGUUACUGUCCACAUCCGGGUUGUGACUUUGUUGCAUCAUCUGAAGUGUUGUCUAACCAUUUCAGCCAUGAACAUGAAGAUGCUCUAAUCAAAUUUUCCUAUGGUCACUCCUUCACGGUCUCCUUGAAGUCUAGUGAUGAAACCAUUGUUCUACAAGAGGAAAAUGAUGGCAAGCUGUUUAUUCUCAAUAAUAGUUCUAUGAGUAUGGGAAAUGCAGUCAAUAUUAACUGCAUUGAUCCUGACUCUUCUGAUGCUGUGUAUUGUUAUGAUAUAAUGGCUAUGUCUAAGAUAUGCAGUGUGCUGAAAUUACAUUCUUUUACUAAGAGGGUUCAGAAGAUUACUUUACCAACUAUUUCAUCAGAGUUCCUCUUGAUUCCAUUUUGGUUUUUUGUUUCUUCCGAGCAGGUUGAUAUAGAAAUUUGCAUAACUCCAAUGAUACAAAUAUUCAUAAUAACCCUUGAUGGAAUAAAGCUUCCUCUGAUGGUAAAGAGUUCAGAUACGAUAGCCAACGUGAAGGCGAAGAUUUUGGACAUGAAUGAAAUACCAGUGAUACAGCAACGUCUGAUCAUUAACGGUCAGAUACUAGAUAACAACCUCACAAUUGCUGAUUACAACGUUCAAGAGAAGUCAACCGUCUAUUCUGGACCACCCUCACCAAUAGUAGAAUCACCGUAG